AUGUUUAACCGUUCUGACUUUGGUCAUACCAAAUGUGACCUUUUAACAGGCCAUGAAGAUGACGAUAUAAUCAACUACUCCAUUGAAGGUGGUAUUUUUAUCAAUUUGAGAAGGUGGUGCAGUAGACAAAGAAUUUUGUAUCCUGAACAUCCUCGGGCGCAAAAGCAUUAUCGAUCAGAUGCAGCCAACAAAAAUGAACAAGCAAGACAGCUAGCGAGAUAUCCUUUUACGAUUCAUCCUUACAGCAAAUUUAAUCUAGUUUGGGACGCUAAAAAAAAGUACGAAGAACUAAUGCAGCAAAUUAAACAGUACAUGACAUAUAAAGGUUUGCCGGUUAAUAUUAAAGAAAAGAUUUGGUUGUACUUCAAGUUUAAAUAUCAAAAUAGGUUUUUCAAUGAUGCAGAAAUUAAUUCAGUUUUAUCGAAUGCGAUAAAGGAGGAAGUAAUGAUGAACAUUGCUGAGAAGAAUUUAGCUCAAACGGCUUUUUUGAAAUUUCUACCUCGAUUGAUUCUUUGUAAAGUUGUUGCUAAUUUGAUAUCAGAAAUAUAUCUGCCUGAUGAUGUGAUAAUCGUUGCUGGAGAUCAUGCCGAUGGUAUGUAUUUUAUUUAUUAUGGCACUGUUGCUGUAUAUAAUGAACACAACGAAGAAGUAUGUCAUUUAAAGGACGGAGAUUAUUUUGGAGAUGUCGACAUGUAUUUUGAUAGUAAAAGAACUCAUUCCGUCGUUGCUAUUACUCCUUGUGAGGUAUUUAUGUUAAAAAAAUCAACGGUUUUGCUUAUUUUAGAUGAUUAUCCCAAACUUAGCAAGAAAUUUAAGAACUUCUCUCGAGAAAACUUGACAAAAUAUUCUGCAUCCAAAUAUCCUUAUAUUGAAUUAUAA